AUGCGCAGCCGGACGGAAAUGGUAACCACAACCCUGGACGGUUCCGACUUUGAUGAGGAAACCGACUUUGAAGACUCCGAGGAAGACUGGCGACCGGAAAAAGGUGGCCCUAAAGCGUUGAAGCGUAAAACUCGCGAUAUACUUACCGGAACUGGUGGUGGGAAGCGUGGCGGACGUAGCAAAGGCAGCCGGCGGGGCCGCAAACCUGCAGCAAAAAGUCGAGGUCCUGGAAGAAGACGAAAGUUCGAUGAGGACUAUGAUGACGAUGAAGACGAUGACGAUGAUGAUGACGACGAUCGUUUCGAUAGUGCCGGUAGCGGUAGUUCCACUCCACCGGUUCCCAAGCGUGGACGAAAGUCAUCAACAACGCCACAGCGAGCGUACGGUCGGAAGAGCGACAACAAAACACCACCGUCCACUUCGAAGGGAGCAUUAGGACAGAUAAAGUUAAGUCCCAGCUCAUCGGUGUCAGGAGUAGAUUCUUUUGGAGCGGAGCAUUCGGCUAAACCGAUUCAACGGAAGGUGAACAACUUGUCUGGGAGCUUUCCGGACAAAACAGGUUGCCUGAAAUUGUUCGCUUCCCGGGCGGAUCUGGAGGAAGGCAUACGGGACAAUCUGAAGGUGUGUCUGUGGCGUCGAGAUGGAUCGAGCUUGUUGCAGAAAUACUUCCGCGAUAAAUCAGUCGAUGCCAGCACACCACAGUUCACAUCCUCCAUGGUGUACUCCUGCUGGGAAGAUAAACGGGCCGAUGAGUAUAUGGAGGUGAAGGUGCGCUGUGUCGAACAGUCGAAACAGCUGCGCGUACAAAUAGUUGAUGUGGAAGCAACCGAGUGCCGAGCGAAGGAAGAGUACCAGAAGUACAUUGAGAUGUAUGGUAAAGCGAUCGAAGAUCAUGACACAGAUCGGUCGAACGGGGAUCGUUCCGGUUCGGCUUCGUCGGGUGCGAAAAAGAUACACGACGGUGGUGACCAUGGCAGCAACAAUGGCGACAAUGAUGAUGAUCACGAAGAAGCGGAUGAAGAAGAGUACGAUGCAGAGGAACCUGACGAUGAGGAGAUGAUGCUGCAGGGCGUGGAAGGCAGCGAUGAUGCAUCGCAGGAAGAAUGA